AGCUGAGCUGGACUGCCCGCAUUUGGCAGCUCUUUGCAGAGGCAGUCCUCCUGUAUAUAAACCCUAGGAACUCAUUUCAAACUUUUAGGAAACCCUAAAUUUUCUCUUUUAAACCCUGGAAUCACAGAGAUUUUUCUUGUAUCUGUUUUCUUCUCUGCAAUUUUUUGGGGAGUCCUCCAUAGCUAUAGGACGGGCCGUUGGUUUGGUUGUGGAAUUUGAACUGAUUAUCGGUUUUCAACGGGUGUCAAAACCGGUAUUUUCAUGGCUUUUACGAGGCCUGAGAAGCUCUAAUAGCUUUGGAAUCUGAAAUUCAGAGGUUGCAUAUUUUUUUGGGGAAAUUUCUCGAUUUGAUCAAGUAUUGCAGAUGCUUUGUGAUGAUGUAUUAUUUGGAGAGUUUUUCUGGUUUUGGGAGAUGAUGGCGGCUCAGAAUGGAUGGAUUUUAUAUAUAUGAUGAAGAGUUUAUAGAAAGAACGCUUUUUUGAAGUAUUUCAGGUGUAAAUUUGAUCAAAGGUAGUUGAUCACCUCUUCUUUGAAAGCACAGCAUGGUCCAAGGGAUAUUAAAUGCAGAUAAAAGGCAUUUUGGCUUGUUCAUGAGAUAGAAGUCCUGGAAUAUUUCUGCUGUCACUAGAUAGGGCGGAUAUUUGGGUUAGGAUCUCCUCACAAGGGAAACCAGCAUGGGUGUCAAAGCUCAUCAAAAUGCGACAGACUCUCCUAAAGCUGAGGUGGGAGAGAUUGACACAAGAGCACCUUUUGAGUCUGUCAAAGCUGCUGUCUCCUUAUUUGGUGAAGGAGCCUUCUCUGCUGAAAAACCAGCUCAGAAGAGGCAGAAGCCCCCAGGCUUUGAGAACAUCAUGGCAAAGGAAACCCAGCUCCACAUGGCCCAGAAGGAGCUAAACCGGCUUAAGGACCACCUAAGAAAUGCCGAAACCGUCAAAGCCCAAGCCCUAACUGAGCUUGAAAAGGCCAAAAGAACCAUCGAUGACUUAACCCAACAGCUCAAAUCCAUAAACUCUUCAAAAGAAUCAGCCCUCAAAGCAGCAGAGGCAGCAAUCACACAAGCUGAGCGCUCUGAACCCUCCACCCCAAGAACACCCACUAGCCCAAACGCUUCAUGGCAGCUUGAGCUUAGCCAAGCUCGAGAGCAAUACACAAUAGUCAUGGCCGAGCUUGAUUCAGCUAAGCAAGACCUAAGGCUCAUGCGUCAGGAAAUAGCUGCCUCCUCUGAUGCAAAGCAAGCAGCUCUUCUACAAGCUUCUGAUGCUCUUCGCACUUCCGAGAUUAAUAGCAUUAGAGCAAGUGAGCUUUCUAGAGAGAUAAACAAUGCUAGUGAGUCAUUGAUGCACGUGAAGCAAGCCUCUGAGCAGGCUCGGAAGGAGCACGAUGAUCUCAUUGCCGUUAAAGAUGAAGGUGCAGAAAUUUCCAGGCUUGCAUUAGAGGGGAUUCGCCGGAAAAUCGACGAUGUACACAAAACUUCUGGCGAAAAACCCGCUGGAAAUGAUUAUCCAGCCGAGCUAGCAGCCAUGAAUGCUGAAAUCGAGAAAAUACAUGAGGAGAUAAAGGCUUCAAAGGCAUCUGAAAUGGAUUCUCUGAGAUUUGUGACAACAGAGCUUGAUGGGGCCAAAGAGACACUUCAAAAGGUGGCUGAUGAAGAGAAAUCCAUGGAAGUUGCAGUGGAAGCUUUGAAGCAUGAGCUCGAGAGGACAAAGAAAGAGCAUAAGGAACUUGUAGAGAGAGAAAAUGAACUCGAAUUGAUCGCUGCUAGGCUUAACGAGGAACUUCAAAGGGCCAAGGCUGAGCUUAAUGCAUGGACCGAGCGCGAGGCUAGGGCUAAGGGUGGGUGCGAUGAGCUUGACUCAGCCCUUAAGCAGCUGGAGCUUGAGACCCAAGAGGCUCGGGCAGAGGCCGAGGCCUCAAGGCUUAGUGCCGAGAACUUGCGCAAUGAGGCUGAUGCCAGUAAACUUGCCCUAAUCGAGAAAGAAGCCCAAUUACAACAGGCCCUAGUAGAUGCAGAAGAAGCCAAAAGGGCUGAGGCUGCUGCCCACGAAGAAAUCAGUGCUUUUUCUGAGAGGGCUUCGGCCUCUCGAGCCUCAACAUCUGAGGCCAUGGGAGCUGAGAUUAGGCUUUCAAAAGAGGAGUUUGAAUCUUUAGGGCACAAGACAGAGGAGGCUGAGAGGCUCGCUGAUAUGAAGGUGGCAGCCGCCGAGGCUCAAGUGGAGGCUGUUAAGGCAAGUGAGAAGGAGGCUUUGAAGAGGCUCGAAGGAGUGCGAAAAGAAAUUGAAGAAGUUGGGGCUGCCAUCAAAGAGGCGACAAAGAGAGCUGAAAUGGCUGAGGCAGCAAGGAGAGCGGUUGAGGGAGAGCUCAAAAGGAGGAGGGAGGCUGAAGCUGCUCAAAUUUCGGCCACUAAACCCCAAAUACCGGCGAAUGUGGGUCAGUUUCCAGCACCCCAAACUCAAAUUCCGGUGACUAUUCCUCGAGUACCAGUGACUGAAAGUCGGAUUCCAGCUGGUGGGGAGAGGACCCAAUGGCCAGAAAAGUGGGAAAAUGAUCGGAAAAUGGAGAGGUCGGCUUCGGGCUUGAAGAAGAAGAAGGCUAUGUUACCUAGUUUGAGUGGGAUAUUUUAUAGGAAGAAGAAUCCAGUGGAGGGGGGUUCGCCUUCUUAUCUUCCUGGUGAGAAAGCAGGGUGAUUUGGUGUGUUUUUGCGUUUGUAAGCUCGAAUGAUUAUAUCUGUUCUUUAUCCAUGUAUUUUGUUCUUCGUUUUUUCCCUUUUUCUCUAUUUUCUCUCUUUUAUGUUGUAUUUUUGGAGUUUGGAGAUUUGGGGUUGUGUAUAUUUGCAGUUAUGGUGCUGCAACAAGAAGAGGUGCAGAGGUGAUGGAGUGAAAAUCUUGGGUCCUUUGAUUGAAAGUGUAUCUAAUGAGAGGAGUUAUCGUCA